AUGGAUAGUGAAGAGCAAGUUGAUUCAAGAUCAUGGAUCAAAAAUCUAUUCAUAGAGAAUCCAAAUUGGGUUGCUCUUCGAAUUCAUCCCAUCCGUAGGAAGACUGGCAAAGAUGAUCCUAGGUACCGUCUUGGAGAUAAAGGGUCUCUCAUUACCAUCAUAGGAAACAUUAAGCGAUAUAAUUAUGAAACGAUUGAUUGGGUAGCUACUGAAUCUAAAAUCAGGAAUAUCUACUACGAUGGUGAAAGCAACUCAAUUGACGAAGUUGGCGCCAUGCAUGAUGAAGAGAAUCUAACGAGGACACUCAUGCAGUCAGAUAAAAAGCGUUUGAAGGGAAAGAAGCGUGCAGGCGAUGAUUUAGAGUUUCUCGAUGUGAAGCUUAAGGAUAGGAGACUGGAUGACAUUCAUUUUGUCAAUAGAUCGACAUCAACAACCUCUGACGACGAUCAAAGCCGGAUAAAACUACUUUGGAUUUUACUAAACAACAAAGAGCUGCUGAUAUCGAAUGGAAUUAUGAAAAAUGUACUUCCCGUUUUCAAGGAAAAGUUCAAAUCCGAUGUAUCCGAUCUCCGUCA